UUCAGGUGAUUCUCAAUGCCGGUUUUUCUGUAGUUUAGUUGUAAUUUUGAUGUGGUCGUGAGAGAAGGUAAGCAUAGCGUUUACCUAUUCCGCCGUCUUGACCAAGCCUAUUCCCGACUUGACGUUUAAAAGUUGUUGAGAAGGAACCAGUAGAGAAGACGUGAAGCUACAGGAAAGAAGGGGUCAGUAAGAGAGUGAGGUCCCUGGGGAAGCAGGAGGCAAGAGGUGGAAAGGUUUGGGCCAGAACCAGAGGCAGAGAGUAGCUUUUCCAUUGCAUCAGAUGGGGAGGAGAGAGCGAUGUGGAAGGUGGGUUUGUAGGAAGGGGUGGAUAUUGGGGGCUCCUUCCAUCAGUCUUGAUGUGUCCAUGUGAUCUAGGAGGAAGAUGGUUCACUGAGAGUGCAAGUCGGAGGGUUUGGGGUUUGAGGCAGGGAAGAGGGAGAAGGUUUGAAGUGGUCAUAAUAGAGUGGUCAGCAGAGAGAUGACUACAGAAUGGAUAUGACUGAAGUCCAUAACUUGUCCUGCAGCACUCUUUGGGGUCCUUGAUGUGAAUCACAGAGUGAAGGAACUUGGAAACAUGGUUUCCAGGCUGCAGGUCCCCAAGAGGCCUGUGGCGCCACCUGCUGGACAAGAGCCACAUGAUGUGCCUUCACCACUAGUUGCUCCCCAGACAAACCCAGAUCCUUGGCAGGGCCUCAGGCUGACUCUUGACCCCAGCUAGAGACCAAACACCUCCUCACAGCAGAACCUACUCACAUGCUGAGCCCUGAUUCAAGCCACAAUGUAACUGUAGUUCCAAUUCAAGCUCUACUGUCCCUAGAGUAGAGUCCUGAACAGGCCAGGGGAUCCAGGGGCUGCAUCACUUAAGAAAGGGAACCAGCGGGCAUCCUGGGUCUCAGGGUCUAUGGCUGUGGCCCAAGGGCUGUGUCCACCGAGCUAUGUCCGCUGACAGAGUGCCCGGCCAUGAGCCCCUACGGCCCUGUGUCCUAAUGGGGCAGACUUAUGCGCAGCCUCGCUGGCCCCAUGACCUGCCUAGACCUGUUCUGGAUUCCACGGCACCCUUCCCUAAGGCUGCCUCCACCUCCCUGGCUUGGGCAGGGCCUCCUGAGACUCAGCUGGGAAGGCUGGCAGGCAGGCAGGCGAGCUGAGGCGGGUACCGCGGGGCCAUGGAAGUCACAGCAGAGCCUGUGGUCUACCAAAAGCUGCUGCUCUGGGAGCCGAGCUUGGAGCCUGACGGGGAAGAGGAAGAGAUAUCAGAGCUACUCGUCCCCGACCCCUGGAAGUCCCAGGACUCCUAUGGGAAAGGUGGUGUUCGGCCUGGGAUCUGGGCCCAGCUAGUUGCCACCCUGCUGCUGCUGGUUGUUGGCUUCUCCCUGGCCACAUGGCAACUCCACACCAGGGGUAGCUCUACAGAAACCUUUGGCUCUGUUGCCCCUCGACCCAGUGGGCACUCCCACCGCCCCGGCGUAUACCACCACGGUGCCAUCAUCAGCCCUGCAGCCGCGUGCUCCCACCUGGGCCAAGAGCUGCUCGUUGCUGGGGGCAAUGUCGUGGAUGCCGGAAUUGGAGCAGCUUUGUGUCUGGCAGUGGUGCAUCCUCACGCCACCGGCCUAGGUGCCAUGUUCUGGGGCCUCUUCCACAAUGGCUCCUCGGGCAAUUCAACUGCCCUGACAUCAGGCCCAGUCCAGACACUGGCCCCCGGCCUGGGGAUGCCCUCGGCUCUGCCUACCCUGCGCUUGCUGCACACACACUUCGGCCGCCUGCCCUGGCCACGCCUGCUGGUGGGCCCCACCACCCUGGCUCAAGAGGGCUUCCUGGUAGACAUGCCCCUGGCCAGGGCUCUGGCAGCCCAGGGCACAAAGGGUCUCUGUCCACUACUUUGCCACACUGACGGGACCCCCCUGAGCCUUGGGGCCCGAGCCACCAACCCAAAACUGGCAGACGUGCUACGCAGGGCAGCACUUGCCCCAACCCCCGACUUUGCCAACGAUGCCCUAUUGAGUCCGCUGGCCAGAGACCUGGGGCUGGAUGGGUCCUCAGCUGAGCCCAUGCCCACCUUGGAGCCAGCACUGCAGCUACCUCUGGCCCAGGGCAUCCUGUUCACCACCCCCAGCCCCUCAGCUGGCCCAGAACUGCAGGCACUGCUGGAGGCAGCCCUACAGUCUAGAGGGGCCCGCCCUGACCCCUGCCUACUACCCCAAAAAGCUACUGUGACCCCCAUGAGCAGCGUCCUGGCCACCGUGGACAGCAGCGGCUCUGUGCUCCUUCUCACCUCCUCACUCAACAGCUCCUUUGGCUCUCGACACCUGUCCCCAAGCACUGGGGUUCUACUCAGCAACCUGGUAGCUAAGUCUGCAAUUAGUACCUGGUCCUGCCCCCUCAUCCUUCGUACCAGCCUAGAUGACACAGAAGCCGACGUGUUGGGGCUGGUGGCUUCAGGGACCCCUGAAGUGGCCAGAGUCACAACUCGCGCCCUGCUCAGCCACCUGGCCGGGCUCCAAGCCCAGGCCCAGCACCAGCACCAAGCCCAGCAAGGACCAACAGAGAGCCCCAACCUGUGUGGCCAAGGGACCGUGCUCCAGGUGGCAGUCCAUGCAGAGCAUGCCCACGUCUCCAGUGUCCCCAAUGGCUGCUGCCCCUUCCAGGGGUUCUGAGGGGCAGGAGCAGAGCAGACCCAGCAGCGAUGGAGUGCAUAAAAAGUGUGCACCAAUCAUGCGCUCACAGCUGGCUCAGGCACUCAAACUCUAGCCUGUUCAGCUACUUGAACUGGCUCUUCUCAGCUAAGGAAACUGAGGAUAAGAAAAGAGUACCAGGGCCUGGGGUCAGCCCUGAGUUCAGAUCCCGCUCUGGGAAGGAAAGGUAAGAGAAGGCCAAGGCCCUGCCUAGGCUCAGGACCCCGUGGGCAGGGCAAGCAGAGCCAGGGGUGCUGCUGGCCUCUCCGCCCUCUCCUUCAGGCCACCCUCUUCUGAUCUCCUCCAACGAGGCUGGAAACAAAAUAAAAAGCAAGUCUCCCAGACUCCAUGUUCCAUUCCUGCUUCUUGGUUCAUUUCCCAUAAGUCUUUGAGGUGCCUGGUGUCAGGGCUUCCCCAAUGGGCAGCACAGGAGACCCUCACCCAGAGACAGAGCCUGGGCUGGUGUCUUUCAGCUCCCCCUGCUCUACUCACCUCCUGCCUCCUAGGGCACUACACCUCCAAGAUAAACCUCUUAAUCUCACUUUCUAAAGCAGACAGCAAAACCAGGAAGAGGCUGAGAGGGUGAGUAGGAGAUGCCCCAGGGGCACAAAAGAGGCAAGAGCUGGGUGUAUGGAAUUUAAAGGCCAGGUUCAACGCUAACCUCCCCGAGGGCUAGGGUCUCUCUCACUACAACUGUCCAGGGACAGCUUCUCAAGUCCACGACGGGGGUGACCAGUACUGUGUUUCCCCGAAAAUAAGGCCUAACCGGAAAAGAGCCCUAGCAUGAUUUUUCAGGAUGACAUCCCCUGAACAUAAGCCCUAAUGCGUCUUUUGGAGCAAAAUUUAAUAGGAGACCCGGUCUUGUUUUCGGGGAAACACGGUAGUACCUCACGCACACAUUGUAAAAGGUAUGUCUGAUUUAAAAGAACUCUUGAUCCCACCACCUCCACCUCUCCCCCAGCAAAGAAAAUUCUUCCUGAGCUCAGUAAAUGGCACCACAAUCUACCCAUUUAUUUUAGCUCCAAAUCUGGCAUCCCUCUUUUUUUUCUCCCUCCACACCCAUCACCUCCUACCAGCUCCAAACUAGCUGAAAUUUUACUUGUUCUCCUAUCACCUUAGUCCAACCCACCAUUAUCUCUAACUGUUCUUCCUGCGUCUACCUUUGCACUCCUACAUAAAUUCAUACCCCACACACAGCUGCAGAAUAACCUUUUAAAAAUUUAAAUAGAAUCAAGCCCAGCCCAUCCAUAAAACCUUCCAAUAACCCCACCGCACUCAGAAAAAAGUCCUAAUUCCUGAACUCCUGGAGUCAGGAAGAGCAGAAGGACCGGGUCGCCCCAGCCCCCCGCCAGCGCCUUCCCCCUCCCGGCUCCGCCCCGCCCCGGCUCCGC